CAAACACUGACCCGGAAAUAAUAUCUCAAUGUGACUUACUCGUCUGGCUGUUCCACCAAAACAACAUGAGUUAAUACUUCGCGUUAAAUUGCUGUUUUUCGAUUCUUAUCUGGUCAGAAAAAUGUUUCUUACUUCGGUGAACUUGGCCAAGGCGAAAUCAAAGACCAUCCUGGUGCAGAUGGUGAGCGCUGCGGGGACGGGCUACUUCUUCAACACCAAGAGGAACCGGCUCCGAGAAAAACUGGUGCUCCGCAAACAUGAUCCAUUUGUGAAUAAGCAUGUCCUAUUCUUUGAGAAGAGGAAGAUUCGAUCCAUCUAAAAUUGACUUCAACACAAGGACAACAAACCUGCAAUGUUGAGAAGAAAACAUCAGGGCUGGAACACUGUAUUAGUCCCACCCCCCAAAAAACACUACAACAAAAAACAAACAAACUUGCAUAUGUGUAAAAGUACAUAUUGUAAAUUGUGUCAUUAAUAAGUCAGUCAUAUUUUUUAAUUAUUCAACCACAAUUUAAAUUAGAACAAUCUAUAAUCACAUAAGUACAUUACAAUGUUAGUUGUGUGUUCAUGUCACAAAUUUACACAGCAAAUCUAUUCCAAAUAAAUGUAUUCAAUUAAA